AUGCACUCCAAUAUUUUCAAAAACCGUCCCAAAUCAACGGAUGUUCUUAACGCCGUAUUUCAAUCUAGUCGUAGCAAUGAAUUUCUUUCUUUUAUCUUCUACUUUCUGAAGCACUUAUUGAAGGUAACUGGGUUGUGUCCUUUUAAAAACAGCUUAAAAAAUAAUCAAUCUCGUCUCAUUUUUUAUAAUCACAUAGCUCGAUUGCUAUGGUGCCAAUCGAGAGCAGUAUCUAUUGCUUAUACUGGCCAACCAAAACUAAAAGUGUGCUAUAAAUGCUUACCGCUAAAAGAACUAUUCCUUAUAGAUGAAUUUCCUUCACCCGAAGAUAUUAUACAAUAUAGACUAUGUGUUGGUUAUGAUUUAAACGAAAAACAAACUUGUGCGUAUGGUUGCAAGAGGAUAGAAUUUGACAAUUUAGCACUAAUUUAUCACAAAAUUCCAGAUAAAUUGAGUUAUUAUACAUCUUUUUCACAUUAUUUAGCUGGCGAUACUGAAAAAAAUCAUAAAUAUAUUAAAGUCUUAAAUCGCUAUUAUAAGUUAUAUAAACUUUCAUGGCUUGAAAUAAAUCGUUCAGAACAUAGCGACAAGUCAUCUAAAGACACUUUCAUUCAACGAGCUCUACCAAUUACACCGAAAGUGGUCGAAAAAGUACUCCGUAACGUUGGUAAGCAUCUUAGGCAGCAUAGAAAAUAUCAUUUGAAAUAUCAGAAUAACUUAACUUCUAAUGAUGAUGCUUCUAAUGUUACUACUGCAAAUGUCGGCGCUUCUAAGGAUAUUACUGAAAGUUUUAAAAAUAUCAAAGACAUUUUUCAAAAUAAAUUUCCUAUCACCCCCUUCGAACUGUUUAUUGAUAAUAUGGAAUUCUAUUUGAGAUAUGUUGAAAGUCAAUUUUCGAAUAGAGAAGACAACAAGGAUUACUGGAUUUGGGCAAGUAUUGUACACUUAAUCUAUGCAUUUCGUCAUAUUGCUGAAGUAUCUUAUUUUAAUGUAUUAAAUGGCAUACCAAAAUUGGGACAACUUGAAAAUUUUAAAAUAAUUAGCAAAAAUGCAAUUGCCGAUUACAUUAAUACAUUUCUUAAUCGCAGUGAUGAAAAUAGCCUUUUAAGCUAUGAAACUUCCUUAAAAAUGUGUUUAUAUCAUGUCGUCUCUCGAUAUUUUUAUGAUGCCUUUGAAGGUUUCAUUCAACAGAUCACACAAGAGUAUCUCGAUUGUAAUAUAUUUGACAUUUUUCAAAAAGAGAGUACAUCGCAAUGCUUUAAAGACGUCAAUCAACAUUAUCCUAAAGUUCCCGUAUUCGUCGAUUUGAUUAAACUAUUCACCUUUGACAUAGAACCUAUUUACUUCGUAGAGGACGAGAAAUCUCAAAUUUUAUUUGAUGUUUAUGAAAGAUGUCAGAGAUGGAUUUUAGACAGUUAUAAUUUCAUUUCUUAUUGUCGUUUAAGCCCUCGAGCAAGUGGAUAUUUAUCGGUUAUAUCCUUUGAAAUUCUUAGUAAUCCCGAUGAUUUACAUGCGGAAAUGCAAUUAAUUGAUUAUGAAAGUUCCGAUCCACCGAAACGAAUAGCAGGAAGCUAUCUCCAUUGCCCUAUGUGCUAUCUUGCAAUUUGGGCUAAAAACAAGGCCCCUUCGCUUAGUACAGGGUAUAGCUAUAAGUCUGAUGUUAUCUUGAAUUCAGGUUGCAUAGGUUAUUUCUUUAAGAACUGGAACUGGCCAAAAUCAUUUCUAAAUGAUGGUUUGUUAGUUUUUCUCUUUUUAGGAAAGAAUGCCUUUGAUUUAUUACUUGAUCAACAACGCAAAGAUGAAAACGAAAUAAACCAUUUAUUGGUCAACAAUAUUAGGUAUAAGUUUAUCGAUAUUUUAUUGUAUUUGUUAACUAGUCCACAUUCAACUAUUACGACUUUUCGAAAGCAUUGGUCCAGAAUUAAACGACUGAUUCUAGUUAAACCGAAGAAUUCCUGGGAUCCGAAAAGUUUUUAUUAUCAUGGUAUCUUAUCUGAAUUUAAUACGGUAGACCAGUACACUGAAGAACGAUUUGCAAAACCGCAUUUAAAUCGAACGUUAGAAAGCCGUUCAGUAUUGCAACUUGGUGAUGAAGGAUUUUAUGCGCCCUUAUAUCACGCGUUGAUGAAGCAAUGUAAAGGACCUACAUUACAAGUACAAUACUCUAGCUAUACCGACUAUUCCAAUCAAACCCCUACACUCUAUGAUGAUGAUCAGAAUGAUGAUGAUAUUGGUCAAAGCUUAGCAGAGUUAAAUGUAAAUGAAUACCAACAAGUAGCCACGGCAAAUGACGUAUUUAAUGUAGACUUUUUAUUGCGGAAAGCAGAAGAUUGUACUACAUUUAGCAGUAAUUAUUCCAUUCCGCACCAAUACAUAAUCAGUUUAGCCAAGGUUGGUACGACUACAAAACAUAAUAACAGCUUUACAUUAAAAUUUUUCCGUGAUGCAAAAUUAAUCGAUGAAGUUAACCAACGUUAA